CCCUCCCCCCACCAUACCACUUCACCUGUAUUUGAACACAGCAAGCGAGCGUUUUUGGAUUGGAUUGGGUGUUGGAUCGGUAUCAGCAGAGCGCAGCCUUAACACCUGGGUGGCCUUCAAGCGCUCGCACAUCUUGGAGCAAAAGCAGUGGCAGUAGCAACAGCAGCGACUCCAAUAACAACAACUGCGGUGCCUUUGUCUUCCUUUGUGUGUGUUUUAGAGCUGGCCAAAUGCUGUGGACAGUGCACUUGGACGGUGGCCCGCAGCGGGUCAAUCACGCUGCCGUGGGCGUGGGCGAUUUCAUCUAUAGCUUCGGCGGCUACUGCACUGGCUACGAUUAUCGCCACAAUGAGCCGAUCGAUGUCCAUGUCCUGAAUGCCCACACCAUGCGCUGGACGCUGGUGCCGCAGCAGCUGGACCAGGACGGGGAGCCGCUCAAGUAUCCCCUAGUCCCCUUCCAGCGCUACGGCCACACAGUGGUGGCCUACAAGGAUCGAAUCUACAUUUGGGGCGGUCGGAAUGACGAGUACCUCUGCAACGCCCUGUAUUGCUUCGACCCAAAGACGGCCAAGUGGUCGCGUCCACCGGUCACAGGCUGCCUGCCCGGAGCACGCGAUGGCCACUCCGCCUGUGUGAUCGGUAACAGCAUGUUCAUCUUUGGCGGCUUUGUGGACGAGAUAAAUGAGUUUAGCAGCGAUGUUCAUUCGCUCAAUCUGGACACCAUGGAGUGGCGCUAUGUGCAGACCUUCGGCGUGCCGCCCAGCUACCGGGACUUUCAUGCAGCGGUGGCCUACGAGCAGGAGCGUAUGUACAUCUUUGGCGGACGCGGGGACAAGCACAGUCCGUACCACAGCCAAGAGGAGACCUACUGUCACGAGAUCGUCUACCUGGACAUGAAGACCAAAGUGUGGCAUCGUCCUUUUACGGCGGGCAAGGUGCCCGUCGGCCGUCGCAGCCACAGCAUGUUCGUGUACAACAAACUGAUCUAUGUGUUUGGUGGCUACAACGGCCUGCUGGAUCAGCAUUUCAACGAUCUGUACACCUUCGAUCCGCGCACCAAGUUGUGGAAUCUGAUACGCGCCAAUGGCAAGGCACCGACAGCUCGCCGCCGGCAAUGCGCCAUUGUGAUGGCUACCAGAAUGUUUUUGUUCGGUGGCACCAGUCCACGCAGCGGUACCGCCGCCACCGAUGCCGUCCCUCUGCCUUCGGUGACCGCCACACCCAGUCAGGAGGCGGCCAACGCGGCAGGCGCUGGAGCACAGUCGGGUGUGGCCCUCAUCGAUUACAGCGAUCUGCAUGUGCUGGACUUUGAGCCGACACUGAAAACGCUGGCCACGAUGGUGGUGCUGAAGCAUCAGCUGGACAUCUCGGGGCUGCCGCGUAGCUUCCGCUCUGACCUGCAAAUGCUCACACAGCCGAACAGUAUUAGCCGGCCGAUAAACCAGGCUGGCUAGCAGCCCAAAGCGGAGCUGGAGACGGUCAUGUGAGGGAACGAACUGCCACAACAAGUGAAAUAACUAACUACUCUGCAUCCGCAUAGAACUACUGCAUCUGGGAGCCACUAGUCCGGUUCCUGGUACUUAAAACCAUUGGAGGAGCGAGCUCGAAUUACACAUAACAGAGAACAAUGACGAGAGCCAGAGAUACAUGAAGUUGAAGAAGGACGAAAUCAUGAUGCUAAUACAUAAGGUGAACUAAGGACGAUACCUGAUAUAGUUGCAUCAUUGAGCACAUGGAGACACAGUGAGAGAAGAGAGAGAGAAGCCCCAGUAAUUAACAAAAGUUUUAGAAACUUGCUUUCGGUACUUCUCUGAUAGCUGAUAAAUUAUAUACAAAACAAACCGCAAAUUACUAGAUAACUGCGAAUGAUACUAUGAAUACUGAGAUAGCGAUGUAGUUUGUAAAACAUUUAUAUCAAAAAUGCCCAAAUAAAAACUCCAUUAACUAUAUAAUAUUAAUAAUCAAGGCACAAGUGAGUGUGCAUUUGUAUACUAAAUAUGUAUGUCAUGUGUUGUUGCCAUUUCUAUAAACAUAUAUUUAGUUGGAAGCGCCCUCUCCUGAUUUCCUUUCCUACCUUUAAAUUAAGCACAUAAUUUAACAGAUUUGUGAUUUUGUAUUCUUAGCAGGAGCUGCAUAGUUAGUCCCUUUAAUUAUAUACCUUUAAUGUUAACUUAUUUGUUCAUUAGUCGUUCAUAAAUUAAAUUAAUGCUGAUUAAAACGUACUACAAAAAUAGUAGUUUCAUUGCAACUUCUAGCCUUGAUCGGGUGAUAUUGAAGGCGGCACUUAACUUCCUUUCAUUUGCAACUCUAUUACUGGGCUUACAAUGUAAUUUCGAGCACUCUUUGACCUUCAGCGAACAGUUCUAGGCAGGAAGCAGCCUCAGAACCGCAACCUUGCACGCAAUGCUAGGAAAACUAAGGUCAGCAAGCUCCGUAAUUAGCAAUUGUUGAUGGGAAUCGCGAAAGUCGCCUCCAGGGGCGGAGCAGAAUAUCGGGUAUAUUGUGGGGACUAUAUAUAAUAUUAUAGACU